CGAUCCGGCACCACCACCGCUCCAACAAGGAGCGCAUUCGUUCAUUCAUCAUUCAACAAGCAGAGCAAGCACAGAUGUCGCGCAACCAAGGAGCAGCGGGCCCUCGGUCCCAUGUCUACGGUUUUGCGCCCCCUUGUGGCUUCACGCCGACGCCCCAGCCUGAGCCUCGCCCUUCCUUCACCUCCCAGGUGGGCAAUCAAAAAGGUCCAUGGACAAGGAUGAAAGAUCCAUGCUUCAGGCUGGACAGGGAACUGUGCCGGGACGUGUGCCGGGCCUGAUUGACUAUCGUGGACGGGUGCGAACAAAGAAAUGAAGCAAUUCAUUCAAUUCAUUGUCUUCUCAUGGAUCUAUCAACAGGAGCAACCUUUCAUGUACCGUGGUCCACCGCCCCAAUCGGCACUGCCACUUCGCCCAUCUCCCGAGUAAACUCCAGCAGAUCACUCACCUCCGCUGUGAGUCCUGUCUUUGUUUCUCCGCCAGGCCGGAUACAGCUCGGCAGGUGGCAAUUCUGCAGCAGCAGCUGCAGGACCAGCAGCAACAGCUGCAGGACCAAGGCAACGAGCUCCGCGUCACACGGGAGGCGCUGCAAGUAGCGCUCGCCGAGAAGGCUGCCAAAGAGGAGGAGCUGGCGGUGUUAAACAUUACCAUCAAGGAGCUCAACGAGUAAAGCUCUCUGUACGUAUGUCUGUCUGUCCGUCUCUCAACCUCUCUGUCUGUCGUUGUGCACGAACCUCUUUAAGCAAGAAGAGGCCGAAGAGGAGCCUGAGGGCGACAACGAGGGGGAAAGUGAGACCUCCUUCUUCCCCCUCGACGUGCCGACACUGGUCGCCGGCCUCGACGACUUCAUCAUCGGCCAGAAGGCCGCCAAGGAGGCCGUGGCGAUAGGGCUCCGUAAGGCACAUACACGAUGCGAUGUGUGUGUCUCUCCAUCGUAUCUAUUGGUGUUUGCAGAGAACCGCUACCUUCGCCAGCGCCUAUCUGACGAUGGCCUGCGGAAGGCCACAAAGCCAAGCCACGUCUUGCUGACCGGGCCAACAGGAAGCGGCAAGACAGAGGUGAGAAGUGCCGUCGGUUGUCGCGUGCAGAUAUUGCUUGCCGGUGUGUCUGUGCACAUACAGAUUGCCCGGCGCAUCGCGAUGAUGGUGAAGGCACCUUUUGCCCACAUCGACAUAACACGGUACACGACAGUCGACCUCAACAGUCUGGUGCUGGAGCUGCUCAAUGACGCCAACAAACUGGAAGGGAAGAAGCAAGCCGGGGUACGAUGCAUGUUUUUUCCGACAGGCCACCACAAUGACGGUGUGACACUGUAUGUCCCUCAGGGAAAAGGCCCCAUUGCAAGCGCAGCUAUUGAUGCGGCACAGAGCAGGGGCAUCAUCCACGUAGACGAGAUCGACAAGAUCUGCAAUAAUCAGGCGCAUGUCAGCGUUUUUCAGGCGUGUCUCUCCACUUCAUGGCCACUCAUCUAUUGCGCAGGCCGGCGAGGCACUCCAGCACGCGCUGCUACCCCUCUUGGAUGGCACAGACAUCAAGACGAGCCUCGGUGAGGCGGAGGACGCAUUGAUUUGGCAUCUCAUUUGUGUGUCCAUUCAGGUACUGUCUCAACCGAGAAUAUCCUGUUUAUCUGUGCCGGCGCCUUCCACCAGGCUGCGGAGCACCGCCCAACUGGCAUGCUGCCUGAGUUAGAGGGCAGGCUGCCAGUCAGGGCGCUUCUCAAGCCCCUCACGGAAAAAGACUUCAUAAAGAUCCUCACCGAAACGAGAUACAACCUCAUUCAACAACACACCGGUGAACCGACAAGCGACGGGGACUUCUCGGGACGCUGCCUUGCUUUGUCUGCCUUCAGAAAAAAUGGCUGUGAAGGGCGUUGAAAUGAUAUUUGAAACAGACGCUAUUGAGACCAUUGCGAAAGGUAGGGAAGCGGGAGGGAGGAGACACGAGCGCAUGCCCUCCACGAUGUCAGAUGAGUCGAAUGCAUGUGUGCGUCGGUCGGCUCAGAGUCAGUCAAAGAGAAUUCGACGAUCAACAUCGGCACAAGGAGACUCUCCAACGUGAUGGCCCGGUAGGAAUGAAAUGACAGAUAGGCCAUUGAAGUUCGAGCUAUACCAGGAUGUGUGUCUUUGUAGCGUGAUGCAUAAGUACUACGCCAUGCACACUGAGUUUGCUCGAAUGGAACCGUAAGAAGUCAAGAAAUCUGCCGGCGUAUUCGUAUCUGUAUUUAUUGCCUGCAGAAUCACCGUGACGAAGGAACGCGUCAUCACCGCCCUUGCCGAGCCGCUAAGGGAUUGCCCGAUUUGACGUGAUUUGCA